AGCGCAGCAUAAUUUAUUGGAAGCCAGCUAGCGUUAGCUGGGUAACGCUAAUUUAGCUAACAUUAGCUAUCCAUCCAGAUAGAUUGCUAGUUUGCCAUAGCAGUGCGUUAGCUGGGUAGCUAACUAGUUAUCACAGUCAAUUUACUGCCAUGCAAUGUAGCAAUAGACAAGAAGAAAUAGUUAGAGUUUAGAAAUAGUAGAAAUAGAAAUAGUCAUCAAUGGUUUUGAUGACGUUUAAGAUGGAUAAUCAUGUCAUUACUUGUACUGACCUGAUUUGCCAACGGGACCUUACACUAACUAGCUAACGUUAGCUGACCACACUAGCCAGUCUAACUGAUUAUGAAGAUGCUAUUCAAAAUGAUGAUGAUCCUCAUCGGACCACAGCCUAAAUAGUUCAGUCAAGGCAACAAUGUAGUGAGCUCCAUACCUAGCUUUCUAAGAAUUUAACUAGCUAUGUUUUUUUGCCAGGCAGCAGAGGCAAUGGAGCAUAAUCAUCACUAGGCUUACCCAUAACAGGAUCCAACUAGGUUUGGAUUUGUCAAUGAACAUUGACAUUGUGAGAGAUACAGGAAUUCAGUGGCUCUGCGUUGUUUACUGAAACAUUGAUAUAAAUCAUCCUCUUAUCUUUUCACACACAUUUAAUCCUGCUGCUCAUCAUGAUAAUCAAAUCAAAUGUAUUGGUCACAUACACGUUUUUAGCAGAUGUUAUUGUGGGUGUAGUGAAAUGCUUGUGCUUCUAGCUCCGACAGUGCAGUAAUAUCUAACAAGUAAAUCUAAGUAAGGAAUGGAUUAAGAAUAUAUAUAUAUAUACAUAUAUGUCAUAGCGGCAUUGGACUAAGAUACAGUGGCAUAGUACUGAAUACAGUAUAUACAUAUGAGAUCGGUGAUGCAAUAUUUACAAACAAUUAAAGUGAAUAAGAUACCAUAUAAUAGUAUAGAGUACAGUUUAUACAUAUGAGAUGAGUAAUGAAAGUCACAGAGACAAUAAAGUGGCUAGUGUUUCAUUUCCUUAAAGUGGCCAGUGAUUCCUAAUCUAUGUCUAUAGUCAGCAGCCUCUGAUGUGCUAGAGAUGGCUGUUUAACAGUCAGUGGUGUAGUAUACAAUAUGAAAUGGGUGAUGCAAUAUGUAAACACAAUUUAAAUGUGACUAAGAUACCGUAGAAUAGUGUGAAGUGCAGUUUAUACAGUUGAAGUCGGAAGUUUACAUACACUUUAGCCAAAUAGGAUCACCACUUUAUUUUAAGAAUGUGAAAUGUCAGAAUAAUAGUAGAGAGAAUUAUUUAUUUCAGCUUUUAGUUCUUUCAUCACAUUCCCAGUGGGUCAGAAGUUUACUUACACUCAAUUAGUAUUUGGUAGCAUUGCCUUUAAAUUGUUUAACUUGGGUCAAACGUUUCGAGUAGCCUUCCACAAGCUUGCCACAAUAAGUUGGGUGAAUUUUGGCCCACUCCUCCUGACAGAGCUGGUUCAUCCUUGGGAGCAAUUUUCAAACGCCUGAAGGUACCACGUUCAUCUGUACAAACAAUAGUACGCACAUGCUUUUUUAGUUCUGCCCACACAUUUUCUAUGUGAUUGAGGUCAGGGCUUUGUGAUGGCCACUCCAAUAACUUGACUUUUUUGCCAUUUUGCCACAACUUUGGAAGUAUGCUUGGGGUCAUUGUCCAUUUGGAAGAGCCAUUUGCGACCAAGCUUUAACUUCCUGACUGAUGUCUUGAGAUGUUGCUUCAAUAUAUCCACAUCAUUUUACUCCUCAUGAUGCCAUCUAUUUUGUGAUGUGCACCAGUCCCUCCUGCAGCAAAGCCAAACAGUUCUAUUUUUGUUUCAUCAGACCAGAGAACAUUUCUCCAAAAAGUACGAUCUUUGUUCCCAUGUACAGUUGCAAACCGUAGUCUGGCUUUUUUUAUGCCGGUUUUGGAGCAGUGGCUUCUUCCUUGCUAAGCGGCCUUUCAGGUUAUGUCACUAUAUGACUCGUUUUACUGUGGAUAUAGAUACUUUUGUACCUGUUUCCUCCAGCAUUUUCACAAGGUCCUUUGCUGCUGUUCUGGGAUUGAUUUGCACUUUUCGCACCAAAGUACGUUAAACACUAGGAGACAGAACGCGUCUCCUUCCUGAGCAGUAUGACGGCUGCGUGGUCCCAUGGUGUUUAUUAUUGUGUACUAUUGUUUGUACAGAUGAACGUGGUACCUUCAGGCGUUUGGAAAUGAAUCCCAAGGAUGAACCAGACUUGUGAAGGUCUAAAAAUGUUUUUCUGAUGUCGGCUGAUUUCUUUUGAUUUUCCCAUGAUGUCAAGCAAAGAGGCACUGAGUUUGAAGGUAGGCCUUGAAAUACAUCCACAGAUACACCUCCAAUUGACUCAAAUGAUGUCAAUUAGCCUAUCAGAAGCUUCUAAAAGAAGCUUCCACUGGGGCGGCAGGUAGCCUAGUGGUAGCGUUGGGACUAGUAACCGAAAGGUUGCAAGAUCGAAUCCCCGAGCUGAGAAGGUAAAAAUAUGUCCUUCUGCCCCUGAACAAGGCAGUUAACCCACUGUUCCUAGGCCAUCAUUGAAAAUAAGAAUUUGUACUUAACUGACUUGCCUAGUUAAAUAAAGGAAAAAUAAAAAAUAAAUAAAGCCUUGACAUCAUUUUCUGGAAUUUUCCAAGCUGUUUAAAGGCACAGUCAACUUAAUGUAUGUAAACCUCUGACCCAUUGGAAUUGUGAUACAGUGAAAUAAUCUGUCUGUAAACAAUUGUUGGAAAAAUUACUUUUCAUGCACAAGGUAGAUGUCCUAACCGACUUGCCAAAACUAUAGUUUGUUAACAAGAAAUUUGUGGAGUGGUUGGAAAAACUAGUUUUAAUGACUCCGACCUAAGUGUAUGUAAAUUUCCGACUUCAACUGUACAUGAGUCAUGCUAGAUACGGAACAUUAUUAAAGUGACUAGUGAUUCAUUUCCUUAAAGUGGCCAGUGAUUCCUAAUCUAUGUCUACAGGCAGCUGCCUCUGAUGUGCUGGAGAUGGCUGUUUAGCAGUCUGAUGGCCUUGAGAUAGAAGCUGUUUUUCAGCUUCUAUCUCUCGGUCCCAGCUUUGAUGCACCUGUACUGACCUCGCCUUCUUGAUGAUAGCGGGGUGAACAGGCAGUGGCUCGGGUGGUUGAUGAUAAUGUAAUGUGUUGGGCGGACUGCACCCCCCUCUGGAGAGCUUUGCGGUUGUGGGCGGUGCAGUUGCUGUACCAGGUGGUGAAACAGCCUGACAGGAUGUUCUCAAUUGUGCAUCUGUAAAAGGUUGUGAGGGUUUUAGAUGUUAAGCCAAAUGUCUUUAGCCUCCUGAGGUUGAAGAGGCGCUGUUGUGCCGCCUUCACCACACUAUCUGUGUGGGUGGACCAUUUCAGUUUGUGAUGUGUGAUGUGUACGCUGAGGAACUUGAAGCUUUCCACCUUCUCCACUGUGGUCCCGUCGAUGUGGAUAGGGGGGUGCUCCUUCUGAUGUUUCCUGAAGUCCAAGAUCAUCUCCUUAGUUUUGUUGACGUUGAGUGAGAGGUUAUUUUCCUGGCACCACACUCCCAGAGCCCUCACCUCCUCCCUGUAGGCUGUCUCAUCGUUGUUGGUAAUUGGUAAUCAAGCCUACUACUGUUGUCAUCUGGAAACUUGAUGAUUGAGUUGGAGGCGUUGUUGGCCACGCAGUCAUGGGUGAACAGGGAGUACAGGAUGGGGCUGAGCACGCACCCUUGUGGGACCCCAGUGUUGAGGAUCAGCGAAGAGGAGAUGUUGUUUCUAGAGGUCGACCGAUUAUGAUUUUUCAACGCCGAUACCGAUUAUUGGAUGACCAAAAAAAAACGAUACCGAUUUAAUCGGCUGAUUUAGAAAAAUAAAAUAAAAAUAAAAAAAGUAUUUAUUUGUAAUAAUGACAAUUACAACAAUACUGAAUGAACACUUAUUUUAACUUAAUAUAAUACAUCAAUACAAUAAAUGUAGCCUCAAAUAAAUAAUGAAACAUGUUAAAUUUGGUUUAAAUAAUGCAAAAACAAAGUGUUGGAGAAGAAAGUAAAAGUGCAAUAUGUGCCAUGUAAGAAAGCUAAUGUUUAAGUUCCUUGCUCAGAACAUGAGAACAUAUGAAAGCUGGUGGUUCCUUUUAACAUGAGUCUUUAAUAUUCCCAGGUAAGAAGUUUUAGGUUGUAGUUAUUAUAGGAAUUAUAGAACUAUUUCUCUCUAUACCAUUUGUAUUUCAUUAACCAUUGGAUGUUCUUAUAGGCACUUUAGUAUUGCCAGUGUAACAGUAUAGCUUCCGUCCCUCUCCUCGCUCCUACUUGGGCUCGAACCAGGAACACAUCGACAACAGCCACCCUCGAAGCAGCGUUACCCAUGCAGAGCAAGGGGAACAACCACUCCAAGUCUCAGAGCGAGUGACGUUUGAAACGCUAUUAGCGCGCACCCCGCUAACUAGCUAGCCAUUUCACAUCGGGUACACCAGCCUAAUCUCGGGAGUUGAUAGGCUUGAAGUCAUAAACAGCGCAAUGCUUGAAGCACAGCGACGAGCUGCUGGCAAAACGCACGAAAGUGCUGUUUGAAUGAAUGCUUACGAGCCUGCUGGUGCCUACCACCGCUCAGUCAGACUGCUCUAUCAAAUCAUAGACUUAAUUAUAACAUAAUACCACACAGAAAUACGAGCCUUAGGUCAUUAAUAUGGUCGAAUCCAGAAACUAUCAUCUCGAAAACAAAACGUUUAUUCUUUCAGUGAAAUACGUAAACGGUCCGUAUUUUAUCUAACGGGUGGCAUCCAUAAGUCUAAAUAUUGCUGUUACAUUGUACAACCUUCAAUGUUAUGUCAUAAUUACAUAAAAUUCUGGCAAAUUAGGCGGCCCAAACUGUUGCAUAUACGCUGACUCUGCGUGCAAUGAACGCAAGAUUAAUAUUGCCUGCUAACCUGGAUUUCUUUUAGCUAAAUAUGCAGGUUUAAAAAUAUAUACUUCUGUGUAUUGAUUUUAAGAAAGGCAUUGAUGUUUAUGGUUAGGUACACAUUGGAGCAACGACAGUCCUUUAUCACGAAUACGCACCGCAUCGAUUAUAUGCAAACUAGUAAUAUCAUCAACCAUGUGUAGUUAACUAGUGAUUAUGAUUGAUUGAUUGUUUUUUAUAAGAUAAGUUUAAUGCUAGCUAGCAACUUACCUUGGCUUACUGCAUUCGCGUAACAGGCAGGCUCCUUGUGGAGUGCAAUGUAAUCAGGUGGUUAGAGCGUUGGACUAGUUAACUGUAAGGUUGCAAGAUUGUAUCCCCGAGCUGACAAGGUAAAAAUCUGUCGUUCUGCCCUUGAACAAGGCAGUUAACCCACCGUUCCUUGGCCGUCCUUGAAAAUAAGAAUGUGUUCUUAACUGACUUGCCUAGUUCAAUAAAGAUUAAAUAAAGGUGUAAAAAAAAUAUCUUAAAUAAAAAUCGGCCAAAUCUGUGUCCUAAUUAAUCGGCCAUUCCGAUUAAUCGGUCGAUCUCUAGUUGUUUCCUACCUUCACUACCUGGGGCAACUCGUCAGGAAGUCCAGGACCCAGUUACACAGGGCGGGGUUCAGAUCUUUUUUUGUGGAUCUAUUGGGGCGGUAAGCAAAUUGAAGAGGGUCUAGGGUGGCAGGUAAGGUGGAGGUGAUAUGAUCCUUGACUAGUCUCUCAAAGCACUUCAUGAUGACAGAGGUGAGUGCUACGGGGCGAUAGUCAUUUAGUUCAUUUACCUUUGUCCCUGUCCCUAAGAAAGCAAUGGUGGCCAUCUUGAAGCAUGUGGGGACAACAGACUGGGAUAGGGAGAGAUUGAAUAUAGCUGUGAACAAACCAGCCACCUGGUCUGCGCAUGCUGUGAGGACGCGGCUAGGGAUGCCUUCUGGGCCGGCAGCCUUGCGAGGGUUAUCCCGCUUAAAUGUCCUACUCACGUCGGCCAGGGAGAAGGAGAGCCCACAGUCCUUGAUAGCGGGCCGCGUCGGAGGCACUGUAUUAUCCUCAAAGCAAGUGAAGAAGGUAUUCAGUCUGUCCGGAAGCAGGAUGUCGGUGUCUGUGACGUGGCUGGUUUUCUUUUUAUAAUCCGUGAUUAUCUGUAGACCCUGCCACAUAUGUCUCGUGUCUGAGCCGUUGAACUGGGACUCAACUUUGUCCCUAUACUGGCGUUUACCCUGCUUGAUUGCUUUGCAGAGGGAAUAACUACACUGUUUGUAUUCUUCUAUAUUUCCAGUCUUCUUGCCCUGGUUAAAUGUGGUGGUUCGCUUUCAGUUUUGUGUGAAUGCUGCCGUACAGUAUGAUGGUGCCGACGAAGAUGGCAGCAUCGCGACUAGCUCUUAUGCAACUCUGCAGUAUUUUUUUGGUUCAUGUACAUUUUUUUUACCGUUAUUAGCUCAGGAAUUGUUUUGUCUCAUUACAUACAGCCAGGAAGAACUGUUGGAUAUUAGAGAGGCGGUAACUCACCAGAACUUCCAGCGUUACGACCAGGAUUACGACUUCAGGCUGACCCAAAACAACGCUGGUGGAGAAGAGGUACUUGAGGCGGUUUUCUGGUCCAACUUAGGAAGCGUGCACGCCACCCACUGCUCACAAGUAUUUUACUCGCUAAUGUCCAAUCUCUGGAUAAUAAAGUUGAUGAGCUCAAGACGAGAGUAGCUUUUCAGAGAGACACCAGGGAUUGUAACAUACUCUGCUUCACGGAAACAUGGCUCUCUCGAGAUACACUGUCUGACUCUGUAAAGCCAGUUGGGUUCUCAGUACAUCCCACCGACAGGAACAAACAUCUCUCCAGGAAGCAGAAGGGUGGAGGUAUAUGUUUUAUGAUUAACUACUUAUGGUGUAACUGUGAUAACAUACAGGAACUCAAGUCCUUCUGUUCACCCGACCUAGAAUAUCUCACAAUCAAAUGCCGACUGUCCUAUCUCCCGAGAUAAUUUAUCAUCAUCAAUAAUAGCCACAGCGGUCUAUGAUCCUGCUCUGUCUGAAUCCCCUGUCUCUGUUCUCAGUGGCUGAGUGGUAGGUAGUCCAAGCCAUGUGGUGGUCGUGGCCCCUGCUCCCUGCCCUGGUACUCUUCUCUGUGCUGUCUGUGGUACGAGUACAGACUGCACCAUGUCAGACCUGCCGCAAACUAACUGACAGCUUCAUUAAGGGCCUGGAGAAAACAUCCAAUAAAAACUUUGGAGGUGGGAACACUGCUUGGGAGGAGGAGAAGCUGGCUAAAUAUGCGCGCAGUGAGACCAGGCUGCUGGAGAUAGUGGAGGCAGCAUGUGAGAAAUCUGACUUUGACUGUAACAAACUGCUGGAGCAGUUAGAGGACCAAGUGGAGACAUGGUGGUUCCACCGGCGGCAGGAGGCUCCAGAUCUAUUUGAGUGGCUGUGUAUAGAGGAGCUCCGACUCUGCUGCCCCCCAGGACGCUUUGGCCCAGACUGCAAAGAGUGUCUGUCCGGUCCUGGAGGUGUGUGUGGUGGUCUGGGUCGCUGUGAGGGAGAGGGUACCCGUCUGGGAGAUGGAGAGUGUGUGUGUGAUCCGGGGUACUUUGGUCAGCUGUGUCAGAGCUGUGCAGAUGGCUACUACAGAGAGAAGAGCUCCAAUCACAGCACACCAGCCUGUGCAGCAUGCUACCACUCCUGUAAAAAAUGCUCAGGGCCAGAGGACUACAAAUGUGUGGACUGCAAACCUGGGUGGAUCCUCCAUGACAACAAGUGUGUUGACACUGAUGAGUGCGGCACAGAGCUGGCUCGAUGUCUCUCCAACACAUAUUGCCACAACACAGAUGGAUCGUACGAGUGCAGAGGCUGUGACCAGGCAUGUGUGGGCUGUAUGGGCAGUGGUCCUGCCCGCUGUAAGAAAUGUGCUAGGGGAUACAAGCUCAGAGGAGCCAAAUGUCUUGAUGUGAAUGAGUGUAGUGAGAGGGCGAUAGCGUGUCCAGGGCUGAAUGAGGCUUGUUUCAAUGAAGAGGGCUCCUUCCGCUGUGAAUGUGCUGACGGCUUCAUCCGAAGGGACAGCAUCUGUGUGGAGAACCAGCCUUACAGUGGUCCAGAGAAGGGCCUGUUUGAUGACAUGACUGAUGACGAGGUACUUGUCCUGCAGCAGAUGUUCUUUGGCGUGGUCAUCUGUGCCCUAGCAACGCUUGCCGCCAAGGGUGACAUGGUCUUCACCGCCAUUUUCAUCGGGGGCGUUGCCGCCAUGGCCGGAUACUGGCUAUCAGAGAAGGGUGAUCGCAUGCUGGACGGCUUCCUGAAGGGACGCUAGCCUAUCAGGAGCCAGGGAUACGGGAAAGAGGAAGGAACUCAUUGAAUGCAAGCCGAUGCGGGCGACAAAGACUGCGGGUGUGACGGCUACAGGAAUGCUAGCCAUUCAGGGAUGUACUAUACUACUUUGGGGUGGUAGGGGUUAGGGUGAGAGAAGAGGGGUCCUAAAGGAAGCCUUGAAAGGCCUGGGAUUAUUGUGGGUCUUCUGGAAUAUGAACUUUCCAAAUGUUAGAGGGAGGUGAAUAAGAGAACAUGGAGCUCAGAGGAAGGUCAAAUCAGAGAGCUCAAUGGCGGGAGUGAAUAUAGAAGAAGACCAGGUACUACUUGAUCCAAAAACACUGAGAAACACUAAGGAGACUGGAGUGUCUGUCUGCACUGAUAUGGGAGACAAAACCCAACCCUCUUGCCUCGACUCUGGGGUAGGAAAGGGACGGAGUGGGGGUAGGAUAAGCCCACUACUGAUUGUUACCAAGUUAUUAUGCAUUUGUAUCUUCCACUGGGCAAAAUUUUGCUCCAAAAUUAUAUAUGGCUCAAAACCAGGUCGCAGGUUCGAAUUCUCAAGCCGACUAGGUGAAAAAUCUGUCAAUGUGCCCCCGAGCAAGGCCCUUAACCCUAAUUGCUCCUCUAAAAUGCUCUGGAUAGGAGUGUUUGCUAAUUGACUAAAAUGUCAAUGUUUGUCCAUUUCCAUUCAUCACAAAUCAAACUUCUUAGGCACCCCUUACCUCAUCAGCAUCUCCUGUUCAUAAUUUCACCUUUUACUGAGGAACAGAGGGUGUUCCCGUGGUGAUGUGAGAUGGGAUUGUCAUUGGGGCUUUGCACUGAAGGCUGCUGCUAUGGUGGACUUGUUAAGGAAAGAACUGAUGUAUCCUGUUGCGCCAGUUGAAUUCCAUCCAAUGUUAAAACACUAUUUAUAAUCCUGUUCAUAUUAUGACUGUAUUUAUCUGUGUUUUUGCACAGACAGAUUCUUGCUGUAUGAAUGCACGAGAAAAGGAUCUGAGAAAGGCUAUACUGUACUGUAUGUAUUAUCCUAUGAUUGGCAUGGAAGACUUUAUAGAGCUGCUUGUUUCCCUCUAAACUGUACAACCAGGAUACAAGGAUAAUCACUACUGCUUCACCAGCCCCUAAACCUACUGCCUGAGUAUGUGAGAGUAAAAUACUCUAGUCCUAUUGAAGAUGUCUCCCAUUUCAUUGUUUUGCAAUAGGUCCUUUCUAAAAAAAAUAUUAUUAUUAUUUUUUUUAAAUGUUUUGUUUGUUUUUAGCAAAGACCUUUUAUGAGUUUUAUUCUGCAUCUGUUUGGUGUGUGUGUCUGUGAUACAUUGAGUUUGAUCAGCACAAGGUAAUAUGGGGUACUGUACAAUGAAAUGCACAAGUGUAUUUUAUCAGAGGUGUCAACAUUUUACAGUUGAAGCAACUAAAUGAUAUCUGAUCAAUCAUAUCCCUCCACAUUAUUCCCCCCUCAUCCUCAGUAGCUACUAGAUCUAGCACAAUUGUUAUUCAAAUGAUCCAUCUUUUUUCAUUUUCAACCUUCCAGAUGUUGUUUUCAAUAAUAUCCAUUUUAAGUGUUAAUAAUCAUGUCCUUUGGUUAAAUAACGUGUGUGUGUGUGUGUUAGGCCUACAUUUCAACUGCAGUUCUUUGCAUUAUGAUCAUUAUUAAAAAGGAAAAAUUCUGA